AUGUCGUUCCGGCCGAUGUUGCAGCAGCGGGCUGUGGCUCCGAUCGCAGCCACCCUCCUCGCAGGAGGCAUGGCUCUUUACCCCAAGCAGAUGGCAUUCGCCGAAGAUGCUCGCGAGAGGAAACCCAUCUACGACGAUAUCCCGUCUGAUAUCCCGGAACCCUCCAAACCCACCACGCCUGCACCCCAGGCCCCGGCCCCGACGAAGGAGAUCACCCUGCCUCUUUCGGCCGCGCCCUCCUCUUCUUCUUCGCCAACCCCGACAGACAUCCUGACCGCUCAAAUCCGGCAAGCCCGCCUCUUUCUAUACAACCACUCCCUUGCCGCGGAGAACGGCUUCAACGACUUCCUUUCCCGGGCCCUGCAUAUCGAAAACGCCUUUACCAAUACUAUUGCUUCGCUCGCGCCUUCCCCCGAGUCCGGCGAGAGUCUGACCCCCGGCGGUGUCUACGUUGUUGUGGCCGCUAUGGCCGGCUCCAUCGUGUCACGCAACCGCGGUAUCAUCCUUCGCACCAUGUCCCCUCUGGCCUUCGGUACCGUUGCCGCUUGGUCUCUUCUGCCCGUGACCAUGCGGAACAUUUCCGACCUGGCCUGGGAGUACGAGAAAAAGUUCCCUGCCGUUGCCGAACAGCACUUGGCUGCACGCGAGCGGGCGGAGCGUGUUUGGUACACUGGCAUUGCGCACAGCCAGAUGACCCGCCAGAUGAUGGAGGAGAAGAUCGGUGAGGGCCGGAAGAAGCUCGAGGAGUUGGUGAGCAAGGGUCACUAG